AUGACCGUCGUCGCUGCCACCCCAGAGGUCCAGUACCCCUUCACGCCAGUCGCCGCCCCCCGCGUGGCCGGCUACCACGAGUUCGCCAACGUCCAGCGAGCGGAGAUCGGCGCCGUCGUGCCGAGCAGGGACGCGCCGAACACUCCCCUGCCCAAGCUGUUCGAGCCGCUCACCAUCCGCGGUGUCGAGUGGUCGAACAGGCUGCUGGUUGCGCCGAUGUGUACCUACUCGGCCGACAACGGCAAGGCGACCGACUGGCACCUCGUGCACUACGGCUCGCUCACCCUGCGCGGGUGGGGCUCGGUCCUGACGGAGGCCACCGCCGUCGUGCCCGAGGGCCGCAUCUCGCCGCAGGACGCCGGGCUGUGGGACGACGAGCAGAUCGCGAGCUGGAAGCGCGUCACCGACUUCAUCCACGCCAACAAGGGCAAGGCGGGCAUCCAGCUCGCGCAUGCUGGUCGUAAGGCCGGCACGCAGACGACCUGGGUGGUCAAGGAGGCUGGGUGGACUGGUGGCUUGAUCGCGUCCGACGAGAACGGCGGCUUUGCGAAGGACGUGUACGGCCCCUCGCCGAUCACCUUCUCGAAGGGAUACCUCCAGCCCGCGGAGGCGACCGAGGCAGACAUCAAGCGCGUCGUCGACGGCUUCGCGGCCGCCGCGCGCCGCGCCAAGGCGGCCGGGUUCGACUUUGUCCAGAUCCACGGCGCGCACGGGUAUCUCAUCCACUCGUUUGCGUCGCCCAACACGAACAAGCGGACGGACGCCUACGGUGGGAGCUACGACAACCGCGUGCGCCUCGCGCUGGAGAUUGCGCGCGCCGUGCGUGCCGCGUUUGACGGGCCCGUGCAGUACCGUAUCAGCGCGACCGAGUGGAUCGAAGGUGUUGCCGGUGCCGAGAAGCAGUUUGAGGGCGAGAAGGAGGAGUAUGCGUGGUGGGGCAUUGAACAGACGACGCACCUCGCCGCGCAGCUCCGCGACGCCGGCGUCGACCUCCUCGACCUCUCGUCGGGCGGCAACGACGCGCGCCAGCAAGUGCCCGUCGUGGAGGCGUACCAGGCGCCGUUCGCCGCGCACAUCAAGAAGCACGUGCCGGGGCUGUAUGUCGGCGCAGUGGGCAUCAUCAACACGCCCGAGCUGGCCAACAGCAUCGUGGAGCGCGACGAGGCCGACUUCAUCUCGCUCGGGCGCGAGAUCCUGCGCAACGUCGACUGGCCGCUCCAGGCGGCCGUGCAGCUCGGCCUCACGCCCAACCCUGCCGAGCAGUAUCGCCGCGGCUGGGCGGAGCGCGAGAUCGCGGGCGCCGGCACAAAGGUCAAGGUGUAG